AUGAACUCAGUCAGGCGCAUAACAGAUGAUUUGGAGAAGCCAGACCUUGACGACAGAUCCUACAGAGUCAUCGAGCUUCCGAACAAGCUCGAGGCCCUCCUAGUCCACGAUGCAGAGACCGACAAAGCCAGCGCAAGUCUCAACGUCAAUGUUGGAAAUUUUUCUGACGAGGAGGACAUGCCCGGCAUGGCUCAUGCCGUAGAGCAUUUGCUCUUCAUGGGCACGGAGAAAUACCCCAUAGAAAACGAAUACAGUUCCUACCUAUCGUCGAACUCGGGGCAUUCAAAUGCAUACACAGCCGCUACGCAGACAAACUAUUUCUUCGAGUGUGCGGCGCGGCACGAGUCGAAUGACAAACUUGCCAAUGGUGUAGUGAAUGGGACUACCAACGUCGCGAAAGAUCGUAUGUCGAGAGGGCCUCUGUACGGAGCCUUGGACCGGUUUGCACAAUUCUUCGUGAAGCCACUCUUUCUAGAGAACACUUUGGACAGAGAGUUGCGGGCAGUGGACUCAGAGAACAAGAAGAACCUACAAAGUGACGGAUGGCGUCUCUCUCAACUGGCCAAAUCACUCUCAAACCCUAAACAUCCAUUCCAUCAUUUCUCAACAGGGAAUCUCCAAACCCUGAGAGACGAGCCCGAGAAGAAGGGCGUCAAGAUCCGCGACGAAUUCAUCCGUUUCUACGAGCGGCAUUACUCCGCGAACAGAAUGAAGCUCGUCGUUUUGGGUCGUGAGUCUCUCGAUGAACUAGAAAACUGGGUAGUCGAGCUCUUUUCCGAAGUAAAGAACAAAAACUUGCCUCAGAAUCGUUGGGAUGAUGUUGAGGUGCUGAGCAAAGAUCAACUAUCCACCGAGAUCUACGCAAAGCCGGUCAUGGAGUCUCGUUCUUUGGAGAUCAGCUUCCCUUGGCAAGACGAAGAAGAGAUGUUUGAGACCCAACCCGCUCGGUACAUCAGUCACUUGAUAGGCCACGAAGGUCCUGGCAGCAUAUUGGCGUAUCUGAAAGACAGAGGUCUGGCCCAGACCCUGUCCGCUGGCUAUCAUCCUGUUUGCCCAGGAUCCGCCUUUUUCGAGAUCGAUAUCGGGUUGACGCCUGACGGGCUGAAAAAUUAUCACGAGAUUGUCAAGAUUGUUUUCCGAUACAUUGGAAUGAUGAAGGCGAGCCCCCCGGUUGCCUGGAUGCACGAAGAGAUGAAGAAUAUGGCAGAAGUGGAUUUUCGGUUUCGCCAGAAGUCCCCUGCAAGUCGGUUUACCAGCGCCAUCAGCUGCGUGUUGCAGAAGCCUGGCUUGCCGCGCAGCUGGCUGCUCAGCAGCACGAGUAAGUUUAGAAAAUUCGAUGCCCAGGCCAUUGCGCAAGCUAUGCAAUAUCUCCGGGAAGACAACUUCAGGCUCAUGCUAGUGUCUCAGGAGUUCCCCGGAGACUGGGAUCAGAAAGAGAAGUGGUACGGAACAGAGUACAAAGUCGAGAGAAUACCUACCGACGUGCUCUCGGACAUCUGCAAGGCAUUGUCCGAUCCGGAAUCCGAUAGAAUUCCGGAGCUCCAUCUGCCACAUAAGAAUGAAUUCAUUCCUACGAAGUUGGAUGUGGAGAAGGUGGACGUCAAAGAACCUGCAAAGGCGCCAAAGCUGCUUCGAAAUGACGACAAGGUACGCCUGUGGUGGAAAAAGGAUGAUACCUUCUGGGUGCCAAAGGCCAAUUUGCACAUCAAGAUCCGAAACACUGUUACCUCUGCCAACAUCGCGAACUUUGUCAAGACAAGCCUUUUCAUCGACCUUGUCAAGGAUGCACUGUCAAGCUACUCCUAUGACGCCGAGAUAUCUGGCCUCUCUUAUGGUAUUGGGCCAAACAUGGUUGGCUUCGACAUUACCGUGCACGGCUACAACGACAAGAUGGCUGUGCUCUUGGAGAAGAUCUUGACCACGAUGCGAGCCAUGGAGAUACGAACGGAUCGAUUUGAGAUCAUUAAGGAGCGUACGGCCAGGAAAUAUAAGAACUGGGCAUAUCAGCAGCCGUACUAUCAGAUUGGAGACUACACCAGAUGGCUCUUGAACGAACGUUCAUGGAUGAACGAUGCCUACGCCAGGGAACUUCCGCAUAUCACAGUAGACGACAUCCGAACAUUCGUCCCAGAACUCCUCCAACAGGCGCAUAUCGAAGUGCUCGCACACGGAAAUCUCUACAAAGAAGAAGCCAAGAGAAUCGGCAAUCUAAUUGAGUCAACGUUGAAACCACGCGCAUUCCCCGCCUCGGAAUGGUUGUUGCGCAGGAAUAUCAUCCUGCCGGAAGGAAGCAAUUUCGUCUACAAACACGUGUUGACUGAUCCCGCCAAUAUCAACCAUGCAAUCGAGUAUUAUCUGGAUGUCGGCCACGUCAUGGAUCUGGAUCUGCGAGCGAAAACUCAGCUGUUCAGUCAGAUGACAGAUGAACCAGCUUUCGAUCAAUUGAGAACCAAGGAACAGCUCGGAUACGUUGUAUGGAGUGGAAUACGCCCUGCAGCCGCUACGAUGGGUUACAGGGUCCUGAUUCAGAGCGAACGAGAUCCUGACUACCUCGAGACGCGGAUCAAUGCCUUCCUGCUCAAGUUCAAAUCGGACUUGGAGUCGAUGUCGGACGAAGAGUUCGAGGGCCACAAACGCAGCCUUGUCAAUAAACGACUGGAAAAGCUCAAAAAUCUCGACUUCGAGACAGGUCGCCUGUGGGCCUACAUCAGCGCGGAAUAUCUCAACUUCUAUCAAGUGGAUCGAGAUGUUGCGUCAAUCAGACAGCUCACCAAAGAUGAUAUGAAGCGCUUUUAUGCACAGUAUAUCGAUCCGGAGUCUCCCAAGCGAAGAAAAUUGUCAAUUCAUCUCGAGGCUCAAGCGUCAAGCCCAGUGCCGGAGACUUCCCCAGCGACGCAGAAGGCCCAGUUUGUGGAGCUAGUUGGCCAGAUUCUAGGAUCUCUCGGCAUUGAUGUUGGCCAAGACACAUUGAAGGUUCAAUUCGAGAAGGUUGACCCUUCCAGCCUGCCUGAAGUCUCGAAUGCAAUCAAUGAAUAUCUUGGGAAGUCGAAUUCCCCAGCGGCGAAGAGCAAUGAAACCCUUCAGCAGAUCAAACAAGCUCUCCCACAACUGCAGAUUGCGCUCAAGAUCAAGCCCGUGGAGCCAUCGAAGGACGUGGCAAAGGUGGCAGCGCAAAUUCCAGCCCCCAUCAUUAUCAAGGAUGUCGCCAUGUGGAGAGCUGGUCUGGAAGUGACCAAGGGACCUGUCCCAGUUGAAGAUGUGCACAGUUUCGAAGACCUUGAAUCCAAGCUGUGA